AUGGAUAAAAUUUUUUGGCGUGGUACUUCUAAUGGUUUGUUCUCUGUGAGAAGUGCGUAUCAUUUGGGGCUGGACUUAUUGAGGAAACAAAAGGGAGAAUAUUCUUUCAGGGUAAUUAGUGCUGAUUUUUGGAAAAAACUUUGGGCUCUUAAAGUUCCUAAUUCCUCCAAAAUUUUUCUUUCGCGAGUUUGCCAAAAUUUGCUUCCUACUAAACAAAACUUAUUGAAGAAAGGUGUGAUGAAGGAUGAUUUAUGCCCUUGUUGCAAAUUUCAGGAUGAAUCCAUUAUUCAUGCUUUGUGGAGUUGUCCCAGUGCCCAAGAUGUUUGGGGAAGUGGUUCUAUGAUUUUUCAGAAAUGUCCUUUUUCUUUUUCAGGUAUAGUUGAGCUUGUUUCUUUCUUGUUUAACAGGCUGGAUGAUGAUUUUUUGAGUUUAAUGGUGGCUGUUUUUCGUAGUAUUUGGAUGAGAAGGAAUAAGUUAGUUUUUGAGGGCCAAUUUUCUUCCCAUUUGACUAUCUUCAAGGAUGCUUCUCGGCACCAUGAGGAGUAUUGGUCAGCUCUUAAGAAGGAUGAUAUGGCAAGCCAGUUACAUUCCAACACCCUUAAUAGUAGCAAAUCUUGGAAAUGCCCAGAUUUGAAGAGUGUAAAAGUAAAUUGA